AUGACCAACGCAAUGAUUCUUAUCACCGCACUUGCGGCGACCGUGUCCAUGGUCGAGUGCUUCAUCGACCUCCACAACGCACUCGCUGAUGAUCGUUUCAACGGAUAUACGGUAACACUGUCGGUGGGACGCUCUAAGAAGCAAGUCGCUGCUCUCUUUAGCACUACUGACGACCUCACUAUGACCCAGUGCACCAAUUCGCGACGCGACAUUCCCUGCAGUGACCGCCGCUGCCAGUCCUUCUCGGAGAAGAACUGCAGGGUGGGUAGCGGCAGCUGUUUCUACGACAUUCAAACCGGGGACGGCACCAUCAGCAAGGGAUCCGUCUCCACUGAAACCCUCGGGUUGGCGGGAAAUAGCGGCUCCGUCAUGCUCGGGUGCGUGGAUGCCAAUGUGGCGCCUGUGGCCGGGUUCGGGCGUGGCCCGCUGUCGAUCCUUGGGCAGCUGAACAUCAACUCGUUCGCCUACUGCCUCAGCAGCGGCACGACGGGGAAGCUGGGCUGGGGCCAAGAAGCAGGUGUGCCGGGCGGGGUGGUCCUUCCACUCGUCCAGGACCGCACAACUCCGCAGUUCCUUUUUGUGGGCGUGGCCUCGGUCGGUCCCCAAGGAAGUUCGGUCGCUCUGCCGGGUCGGAGGAUGCUAAUUAGCACGGCGACGUCUCUGACGAAGCUCCCGGGCAAAGAGAACAGCCUGCUGAAUAGAGCGGUACAGGAUUACAUCAAAGCAAAGAAUAACAAAAUGAGGCCGUUCGGCUAUGGAACGGGUCUUCUAGACACGUGCUACAAUAAUAUGACAACCUCAUUUGUUGUUUUUAGCACAUGUUGGCUGGACCCAUUAGUACCGGGGUACUUUCCCGACAUUGAGUUGACGAGUGGAGCAGGGAAAUUGGUGGUGCCCAAGGAGAGAGCUUUUGUGGCUAUCGAUCGUAAGAAAACCAAAAUUUGUCUGGCGGUCAGCAAGGCAACUGGUGAACCUAUCCUGGGUUCUCUAUGGCAGACAGACUUCAUGGUGGGGAUUAGUACGACAGCCAACACGGUCACCUUCAAGAAAACUUCUCCGUCAUGUGCGUAG